CUUCCCCUUUCUUCUCCAUCUCAAAAUCUUUCCCCUUCUUUAAGACUUCCCAUUUUUACCAUUUUCCCCCCUUCCAAUCUUGGAUCUUCUCCUGCUUAUCUUCUCUUCCACCGGUGACGUUGCUGACGGCGAACCUAUGCCGGUUGCCAACGGCGGGCCUACGGUGGUUGCUAUUUCGGAUGCAACCUCAAGGGAAGACAACGAUGAAGGCAAACCAAGAAGUUUUGAAUAACUUGAGCAACAAAUCUUCUUUUCUUGAUUUUGUUUUCUUCAUUUUUGAUGUAUUUUCGAAAUAUAAAGGGUUGUCUGUCACACAGACAACUUGUAAGUGCAGUGUAUGUAAGAGUCAUGAAAUUGCCUGUCAUUUGAAAAAUAAAUGUAUAUUUAAUUGUUUGUCAUUUGUUUAUUUGUUAGUUGUCUGUAUUUGUUUUGAGUUGUAAAGUUGUCUAUAACUCAUACUUAGUUGUUUGUCAUUUCAUUGUGAGUUGUAUGUAAUUUGUGGUGAAAAUAAUGUCUGUCUGGUUAUCUCUAUUGUCUGUGUAGUUAUGCAUAUUGUCUGUCUAGUUAUGCGUAUUGUCUGUGUUCAGUGGCGGACCCACUAAGGGUCCCAAGGAGUCCCGGGACCCCGUGGACCUCGGGAAAAAACCCUAUAUAUAUUAUAUAUAUAUUUUUUAAAAUUACUUAUUCAAUGUAUAUAUAAACACAAAACAACUUAAAAACAAUAAAGUUGUUACACCCGAACGGGAACACAUCUGGAAGCAAGGUAUACGAUACGCGAGGUAUCAGGUUCGAAUCCCAUCUCUGAAUUAUUAUUUUUUGGGCCUUUUUUUUGUCUUUAAGGAAAGCCACAGCCCAACUUAAGCCCAAAACAAAAGACCCAACCCAACAAACUCUUCCUCUCUUUCACGCAUUCAGCGGGCAGCGGCCCCUUUUCCUUCCUCUCUUUCACGCAGCCGGCAGCCCCCAGCCCCCAACUGGCCCCAAGUCGCCGAUCGCCGAUUCUGCGUCCCCUGCGCCCUGCGGCCUCCCUCUCCCUGCCGUUUGCCGACCUGCCGCCUGCGUCCCCUGCGGCUGCGGCCGAAGUCCGAAGUCCGAACUGGCGGAACUGCCGAAGUCCAACUGCUGAACUGCCCAAGGUACUUUCUUU